AUGACAGACGAAAAGAUCCGUUUUCAGGGCAAUGGACUCGACUUUUAUGGCCUUUACCGACGUGGUGCAGGUACAGCUGUGCUGCCACUGAUUGUUCUGAUCCACGGCGGGGGAGCGACAUCGGCGUUCUUUGACAAUGAAGUCAUCUCCUCAGUCAAUGAGUUUACGAAAUUGGGCCACGACGUGCUGAAUAUUUCUCGCCCUGGUUACGGGGGAUCUCCUGUACCAACUUCAUCGACACCUCUGCAGGACUCGAUCCCAAUAUUUGUCGAGUUGAUUGAUCAUGUGCGGACAGAGAAACACAAUCCCGGAGUCAUACUCGUGGGUCACUCGUUAGGUGGUGCGUUGGCUCUUGCUAUUGCCUACGAAGCGCAGGAAAAGCUGCCCAUCCUCGGAGUCAGUUCCAUGGGUUGCUUGCCAACCCGAGAGCCGCUCGGUCUUCUUGCCGAGAACGAUCCCGAACCACAAAAUCCGAGAUACCUCGUGGAAAAGAAGGCGUCCAAUGUGGAGCGAUUUAUGGGGAAGCUGGAGUGGGUGAAUAUAAAUGCGCUCUCCGGUGCAGUGAUCUCGAGCGCAUUUGAACCUGGCCUCAAAUCAGAGCUUAGGGAGUAUGAAAGCCCAGACUUCUACAACUAUCUGACUGAGACUGUGAUUCCUGGCGUUAAGGUUGCAGUCCAAUUCCUGGCCGCGGAGAACGAGGUAGUCUGGGACAACGAAACUGCCUCGCAGGGGAGGUCGCUGUUCAAUGACCUUGUGUCGCUUUUCCAAUCUUCAACAGAAAUUGAAGCCGAAAUAUUGCCGCACGGCGGACACAAUUACGAAUUUUCAAAAAAUGCGGGCAAGCUCUUGGAGUGUCGAAGCAAAUUUGUUCAAAAAUUGUCUUCGAGUGAGAAUGCCAGAAAUGGUGAUGCGACGCAAGAGGAGUCUUUCACUGCUAUCCCUAUUUUGAACUACCAACAAGCAACUUCACCCGCGUCGCGGUCUGUUUUUCUUGAGAAGCUCAAGGACGCUAUAGUCAACGUCGGAUUUUUCUAUCUUGAGAACCCGGGAGUACCGGAAAACCUGUACCAGCAACUGUUCGAGCAGUCUUCGGCCCUUUUCAACCUACCGCUGGAGAAAAAGCUAGAAAUAGACAUGGUCAACAGCAAACAUUUCUUGGGGUAUUCCCGACUUGGUCAGGAAGUCACUGCGCUGAAGAAUGAUUAUCGGGAACAGUUUGAUUUUGCCACUGAACUACCCGCUCCUGGCCCUGAGGAACCUUUAUAUCGGAAUAUAAGAGGCCCAAAUCAGUGGCCCGAUGCCAAAGCAUUGCCGCAUUUCCGCUCAGUUGUGGAGAACUACAUCAAUACUAUUGAUCAACUCGCAUCCUCACUCACAAAUCUCGUCGCCGAAGCUCUUGAUCUACCUUCCAAUGCUUUCGACAAUUUUUUCGACAUCCCUCAGCAGAACAAAUUCAAGAUGAUCAAGUACCCUGAGCCUGUGAACUCCCACGAUGGGCAGGAGACCCAGGGCGUUGGACCGCACAAGGACUCGUGCUUUCUUACCUUCCUCCUACAGGGCACUCCGCACACAGGAUUGGAAGUGCAGAACAAAGCGGGUACAUGGCUACCUGUUCAUCCCAUCCCCGGGACUUUGGUAAUCAAUAUUGGCCGUGCCCUCGAGGCCAUCACCGGGGGAGUCUGCACUGCGACGACGCAUCGAGUGAACCUGAGACCGGAGAACUAUCGUGGUAAGGAUGGAAAACCCCUCGGGCCACGCUUCUCUUUUGCUGUCUUCCAAGGUGUCAGUCUUGACCUCGGAGUCGAAAAAAUUCACCUGGACAUUCCACAGCACAUCAAGGAAUUGGUCCGAGACGAAAAAGUUCGCUCGGAUGCAGAGGCCACUUUCAACCAGAUGUUCAAUGGUAAUAUUGGCCAAGGCACUCUCAUCGCCCGCAUCACAAGCCAUCAGGACGUGGCACAACGGUGGUAUCCAGAACUAUUGAAGCAAGCCUUGGAAGCUCAGCAACGAGAGAAAGCCAUAGCAUAG